AUGGUAGCAUCUGACCUCUCCGCGUCGCCAGCGCAGCCAGCUCAGUCGCACAUUCCGGUUACCGUCGCAAGUGUAACAAGCGGAGCUGCGUCCAUCGACGAGCAGUACUUAGAGUCGCAAGCUCGUCGCUGGUUGUCACAGACUCUGUCGCGAACGCUUCCCGUCGAUAAGCCGUUGAGCGAUCUGCUAGGGGAUGGCGAAAUACUCCUCGAGCUCGCGUGUUUGGUGCAGCAACUGCUUGCGCCCGACGUCCCCCCCUCCGCCAGCGUCCCCCUGACUCCCGCUGCGGCUGCUGAUGCUGCUGACGGUGCUGCUGAGGGUGGUGGUGGUGGUGUUAGUGCUGGCGGUGACAGCAGCAGCAGCGCAAACAGGGGUUGUUCCAGCGAGGAGAGUGGUGAUGUGGCGGGCGGGUCGGGCUUUAAGCGCGCGUACUGGCACGCGUGCACCAACGUGGAGCGCUUUCUCAAAGUGUGUCGGCGGGUGGGUCUGAGGGACGUAUCGCUCUUCACCUCGCCUGACCUCGUGGAUGGCAGGGACGUUCGCCGCGUGUGCCUGUGCCUGCGCACGCUGUCCAAGCGGCUAGUGGGCAUCCGGGAUUUCGACGGCAUUAUGGAGGAGGAGAGGCGGAGCAUGGCGGGCGCUAUCCCUGCUGGCCUGCCAUCGCUCCGCGAUUGGAGGGGCGAGAGGGCGGAUGCGUGGCAUGAGAGCCACGAGCAGCGGCACGUGUACCAUCGUCACAGGCAGCACUCUAGUGAAUGCAACCGCGUGCAUGAUGCACCUCACGAGCAGCAGCAUCUGUACAAUCGCCACAGUCAGCAUCGGGACCAACACCACCGCGUUUCUGCUCUGGAAUCUCGCCAAGACAGUCACCGUUUAAGUGAAUAUCACCGCGGUUUAGAGCAGAAGCAGAAGCAGAGCGGGGAGCGUCACCUGGGAGCCAGUGCUGCUGCUGCUGUGCCUGCUGCUGCUGGAGCUGCUGGAGCUUGGGCUGCUGUGUCUGCUGCUCCGGUGGACGUGUCGCCUCGCUUCCUUCCGCCCGACCCCACCUCCCUCACCCCCGUUCUCCCGGACCACCUUAGUAGUCCCCGCAGAGUGGCCUCCCCACUCUCCCGCACCCACUCCAACGCCUCCUCUACCUCCACCGCCCUGCACAGCACUCACUCGCUCUCCCGCCACAGUCACACCCGCGGCAGUCACCGCAGCCACAGUCACGCGCUGGGGCUGGUGGGGGAGGGGGAGGGCGAGCAGAGGCGAAGAGGCGUGUGGGACUUGGUGGCUGCUGCUGGGGCUGUGGCGCUGGUGGGCGGAGCGAUGGUGAUGGCGAAUAGGACCAACAGACGAACGAGGGAGGAGAGGAGAAGGCGAGCGCUGGAGUAUGAGAGGCCAAGUUUCACCGACCACAUCGCACAGCGGCCACACCUUGGCAUGGGCUUUGGCGGGGUGUUUGAGCUCAACUUCGGAGACACCCCUGUGGCUGCUGCGCACAUACACGCAGCAGCAGAUGACGAGGGCGAGGGGCAGGAGGGCAGCGAGGGGGGGAGGGAGCGAGGGAGGGAAGGUGGGAGGGAGAGGGGAGCGGCGCAGGUGGUUGGAGAGGACGAGCGGACAGGGCUGGGCAGACGGGAGGCACGUCCCCCCUGGUUCAUGUCUCUCGGCUCGCAGCGAAACUCAACCUCAACGGGAGAAGCAAGAAACACCACCAGCACAACCGGCAGCAGCAGCAACGCCAGCGGCAGCAGCAGCGGGGGGUGGCGGAGGGGUCCCGAGCCGCUGCCGAGGUGGCAGCAGGCGGAGCUGGUGUUGAGGCAGCAGCGGGAGAUGGUCAUUCGCCGGCUGCAUGGCGAACGCCGCAGCAUGGCUGAGAUCUGGUGGGUACAGAUGGGUGCGAAUGGGUGCUGGCGAGUUUAUUGUUGA